AUGGCAACGACGGCGACGCCCUCGGGCAAUCGCUACCAAAAUGCCUACCCAGGGACGCCGUCCUCUGAGAAGCGGAGGCUCAAGGGGCUCUGGUACAGAAAUGAGUGGUGGUGCAACUGUUCGCCCCGCGCAAGAGCCGUCGCGCGCAACGUCACCAGCAACACCCCUAACAAGGGCAAAGGCUUCUGGGUCUGCCGCCUCCCUCCCAACGAAGGCUGCGGCUUCUUCCUCUUCUUCGAGGAGGCGAGGCUCCGCGAGAUCAGCCUCUCCGGCGAGGCACCCGAUGCCGCCACCCCGUCCAAGGCGGGGCCCUCCCUGACGCAGACGCGGCUCACGGACAAUGGCUUCCAGGUCCUCGGCAGGCGGCGCAGCGAUCCCGGCCUUUCGCAGACGGAAGACGGGGCUUACGGGGGUGACGAUGACGGGGCGGAGGGUGUGGGGCGUGAGACGGUCAUGAGUUCGUCGCAGCUGGAGGCCGGGAGCUCGGCGGGGAGGGACAAGGGGAAGGGGAAGGCCGUUGAUGCUGGGGACGGGGGCUAUGAGCCUCUUACUCCCGGGACGAGCGGUGGCUUGAAGCGCAAGUUUGACGACGCAUUUGACGAUGACGACGACGAGCUGGAUUCCGAUGACGAGCGGCAGCUUGCCGCCAUGACGGAUCGGAGCGUCGAGAGGUUCCUCCGUGAACAUGCGUACAACAUCCACGGCGCUCCUCCAGACUGCGAAGAGGAGAUGCUCGCCAGUUCGUCCAAGCCUGUGGCUCGCACGCUCUUCCCCCAUGCACAGAACAGCGCCGCUGCGGGGGCGGAGGAGGAUAUUCUCGGAACCUCGUCCAAACCCGUCGCCCGGACGCUCUUCCCCCAGGCACAGGGCGGCAGCACUGCCAAGCGCACGAAAACGGUGUCGUUUGAGGAGCCGGAGCCGUUCCCGCCUACGCCCAGCAGGGCGUCUCACGUCAGGGGCUCUCAGUCGUCGCAGGGCGAGAGCUCCUCGCAGACGUCGCCCCCGAGCAGCAUGGAGAAUCUCCCCACGUAUCCUUCGUCCAUCAUGACGGCGACUCAGUUGAACGAGGAUGACGACCAUGGUGGCAGUCACGACGACGACGUUACUGAGAAAGUCAUGGGCCUUUUGCAGACGCAGUCCGUUGCGCCCUCUGUUCUGGAGUCCGUCCGCAAACUUCUCGUGACGUCUGCUCGGCGCACCAAGGGGAUUGCCAUGGGCCGGGACUCGGCUCGUGCGGCUGUCAAGGAGAAGAACGCCAAGAUUGCGCGGCUGCAUGAGCGGAUUGCGGCGCUGGUGGAUAAGGAGCGGGUGCUGAAUAGCCAGAUUACGCAUAUCAAGGCCAGUUUGAUGAAGAUGUAUGAGGAUAACUAG